UCUGUCCUCUGAAAUUAAUUUCAAAUUUUGUUUUCCAAUUUCCAAAUAAUCUGCCGAUAUGACAAAUCCGCCCAGUAAAGCUAUAAAAUACAACUUCCUAUUGUGCACGACUGUAAUUAUCACCAGCCUGGUCUUCUUGACCUACUACUCAGGAUUCCGCCAUGAAUCGAAGAAAUUUGCACAGAUUUUGGUGACCAUCAUUGUUGUGUUGGUUUUACGUUAUUUGCUAAUGGACCAUAUAGAGGGGCUGUUUGUGGCUCUCUACAAAUCUCUUCAAAGACAGGAUGAUAUCAAAGGGUGGCCGAAUGAGGCUAACAAAACUGCAAACAAUUCCUUGGAAUAUUUAAAGCUACGCCUGGUAACUGCCAAGGCGGAAUUCUAUUUACCCCAACAGCACAAAAAUGAAGCUGCCAAUUGCGAAUACUUGCUGCUGACCAAGGAUCUGUGGCUGUUCGGAAGAUAUUUUUUUCUCCUCCUGCUAAUGAUUGUCUAUUCCCGAAAUUCCUAUGGAUUUUUCAAUACCAGAUUAAUGAGAACGGUUUUUGUUGAAAAUCGCCUGGGGCCAAUGGGGCUGCUGCAGAUGAAAACUAUUGAGGAUGUAUAUGCGGUUAUUAAUUGGACCAUGUCGGGGUCACUGUGUCAGGGUGUGGAUUAUAGAGGCCUGCCUGUGCCAGAAUAUGGUUGGAUGGACUAUGAAAUGGCCAAGCUACUGGGGGUUGUAAGGCUCAAACAAUUACGUGUGCAGGACAAAAGUCAUGGCAUGAAGCAGCUGCAGCUUGACCGGCAAAAUUAUUUGCCCCAAUGGAAGGUCUCCAAGCGCAGGCUUUACUAUGUGCAAAAAUAUUGGAGAACUUAUUAUCCAUGGCUAUGUGAGACUCGUAAAGGUGUGAUCAAUUGGCUGCCAAUCUCCAUCCACAAGGGUUCUUUGUAUGGCUUUUCAGCCGAGCAGGCGGGUUAUGAGUCAUUUUUGGCCAGAGAUUUAAAAAAUAAUGCCAAAAUUUUGAAAUACCUCCAGGAGAACUCAUGGUUGGACCCCUACACUGUGGCGGUGCUCAUCGAUUUCACACUUUACAAUGCGGAUGGCAAUAUGUUUAGUCUGAUUUCCCUGCUGGUGGAACAAACGCCCUUUGGUGGGGUCAUCUGGCAACUGGAGGUUCAGUCAGUGGUGUUGUUAACAAAUCUGGAGCAAUUGUCUGCCGGCGGGUGGUUCUUGAUUGUCAUUUAUAUUCUACACCUCAUGGAGUUUUCAAAUAGCCUCUUCUCGAAAUGGUGGUGGAUGGGAGAAGGAGGUGUAGUAGGAUUUCUCAAAUCUCCCUGGAAUUGUGUGGACUUGGUGUUGAUACUUUUAAACCUUACCAUAGCUAUUCUGCUCAUCUCACGAGAAUCUUGGGUAAAACAUUUGCUAAUCACCCUGGCAUCCGCCCAUAAACUGGAGUACCUUGAUUUCCGCACUGCCAAUUUCUUUGAUUACAUGGCAACCAUAGGCAUGGGCUUUUUGGUGUCCCUAACGACCAUACGUCUCUGGAAAAUCCUACAAUUUGCCAGUGUCUUUCGGCUAUUCACCACAACCCUAUACUCGGCUGCGGGGAGCCUCAUAGCCACCCUAAUUGCCAUAAACAUUUUCCUCUUUGCCAUGGGCUUUGCCGCACAAAUUGUCAAUGGCGCCCAAACAGAGGUAUUUUCACGUUAUCUCAAAAGCCUAACAUCAAUAAUGAGUUUUUCAUUUGGUUUCAAUUCCCACACCCGGCCCGAGGAUCUGUCGCACGGUGGCAAUGCCUUGGGUUUUAUGCUCUAUCUGGUGCUAAUGUUUGGCGUUGCCAUAUUUUUGAUAAAUAUGUUCAUAACCCUGAUAUGUGAUCAUUUCGCCGCUGCUGCUGCGCGGCGUGAGAGAGAUAAUCAAGGGUCGGAGGAUCGUCUAAGUUAUUGGCAAUUUUUGAAAAUGGAAUAUGGAAAUUAUUUCGAAUUUUUGAAAUACUUUCAAAAGCCAGCUCCUGUCAAGAGUUUUCGGCAAGGGUUUAACGAAAAGUUACAACAUUUAGAAGAGAAAAAUGAAGAGAAAUCCUCUGAAAGGCAUGAGAACUUGGAUGUCAUCUAUGCGGCCGAUAUGAGGAGGAGCGAACAUAUCCGAAAUGUUGCAAAUAUUUUAAAAUUACAAAUGGAGAUAUUGAAUCGUGAACUCAGUGCCAGCUAUUUGGCAUGGGAGUCGGAUGAGGAAGGGAUGUAAUAGAAAAAAAAAAAAAAUAAAUAAAUAGCUUUUCUUUGUUUUUGAUGCCGAUCUUCU